GCCACAACCCUCAACUAAAGUGUGGAGCCUUUUGCCAAGGUCACACUCAAUGUGUAAAAAACGAAAAGAGACCUUUUUGUCUUGUCCAUAAUAAUCCUAAGUUGUUCACACAAGGGAAUGUACGAAUCUUCUUGAUCGGUCAAACCUGUCAGGGGCCGUCUUCACAAUGA